AGUCCAGAGUCCAGAGACCAGAGACCAGAGACCAGAGACCAGAGACCAGAGUCCAGAGACCAGAGACCAGAGAGAAAAAUAAACUACGAGGGUGAAUCAGGGAAAACUCCAGUCCGGUCAUGGAAGCAGAGUUGGAAGAAGAGGACGGGAGUUUCACCAACAUCUCCCUCGCCGAUGACAGACCUACAGGGAACAGAGGAACUGCAGUCCUGCUCACCAAACAGGACAACGAGGACUUCACCAUGAACUGUCACAUGGAUGGAGACAUGGAGAACCAGGUAGAGAUGGAGGAGAAGACGAGGCUCAUCAACCAGGUGCUGGAGCUACAACACACACUGGAAGACCUGUCAGCACGUGUGGAUGCGGUCAAAGAGGAGAACCUGAAGUUGAAGUCGGAGAACCAGGUUCUAGGCCAGUACAUCGAGAACCUCAUGUCGGCCUCCAGCGUGUUCCAAACCACCGACAACAAGAGCAAACGGAAGUAACCCACGGCGACCAAGGGGAGUUGAGACCAC